UCCCUGUAUUCCAUAUUUUUGAGUCUCCAGUUCUCUCCUGAGUUUUUGUGUCUUUGAGUGUUUUUGCCACAGCAAUAAAGCUGCCUCUUUCAGUUCAUCCUUUUGUAACUGCGCCCUGUAAUUUGGAUCCUCACUCUACCUGCUGCACAGCCGGACCUGAAAAGUUCUUCACGCAGUCAGAGUUGAAGUAACACUUCUGUCUAAAUACUCUCUUCACUGUAAUCCAGAUCUCCUAACAUGAUGCUCUGCUCCGGACUCAGCAGCACACUGUUGCUGGCAGCAACCUGUUCACUCAUCACUUCAGGCUUUAUCAGAGCUCAAGUUCCUCCUCCUGUGACCCCCAUAUCCACAGGGAGAGUGGUCACCUCUAACGGCCUCAGUGUUCAUCGCCUGAGCUGUGUGGGUGGAAUGAUCAUUGUGAGGUCAGCUGAGUACAGAUGUGGAGGUGAAGUAAUCUGCUCUCACGGUGACGCUGUGAACAACGUGAGGAACAGCUGUGAUGGAAAAACCGAGUGUGACAUAAAGUCAAACAUUACUUAUGAUCCUGGAGUCUGCAAAUACCUGGAGACCACCUACGACUGCUUCCCACGCCAAAGUGUAACAUGUCAAAACUUCCAGUCAAACCUUCAGUGUGAUGAAGGACAGGUUAUAGUCGUCUCCUGGGCGAAUUAUGGUCGCCGUGACAAGACCACGUGCUCUCAUGGACGUCCUGUCUCUCAGCUCCAAAAUGUUCACUGCACCUGGUCAGGAAGCAUGAACUAUGUAACUACCAGGUGCAAUGGGACAAACAGCUGUACUGUUGAUGCAAAUAUCUCAGAAGACCCGUGUGUAAACAUUUAUAAGUACCUGGAGGUGUUUUACACUUGUCAGAGGUUUACCAGAGCCCAGCUCUCUUUACCUUCCAAUGUGAUGGCCAUAUCCACAGGGAGAGUGAUCACCUUUAACGUCCCCAGUGUCCUACAGCUGAGCUGUGGCAGUGGAGUGAUGAUUGUGCAGUCAGUUUUGUACAGAUGUGCAGAUAAAGAAAUCUGCUCUCGGCUUCACGAUCUGGACUUCAUCAAGAAAAGCUGUGACUUGAAGGAAGUGUGUGAAAUAAAUACAAACAUGGUCUGUACCUGUGAUCCCAGCGUCUGCACCUACCUGGACAUCACCUUCACCUGCGUCCCUGCAAUCCACAGUGUAACAUGUCAAGAAUCUCAGGCGAACCUUCAGUGUGGUGAAGGACAGGUUAUAGUCGUCUCCUGGGUGAAUUAUGGUCGCCGUGACAACACCACAUGCUCUCAUGGUCGUCCUGUCUCUCAGAUCCAAAAUGUUCACUGUUCGAGUCCCAGUAGUGCAGAAUAUGUAACUAACAGGUGUAACUGGCAGAACAACUGUACUGUUGGAGCAUCAAACACAGUGUUUGGAGACCCCUGUGGCGGCACCUACAAGUACCUGGAGGUGGUUUAUGACUGUCAGGCUCCUUCCUGCCCUGCUGGUUGGACUUGGUUUGGAGGUCGCUGUUUCAUCCUUAACAGCAGCUUGAAGACCUGGACUGAUGCUGAGAGUUCCUGUCAGACACUCGGUGGAAAUCUGGCCUCAUUCCACAGCACAGCUGAGUACACCUUCAUCAGAGAGCUCACUCGCACAGCAGCAGGGUCGUAUACACGAGCUUGGGUUGGAGGCAACGACAGAGAGACUGAAACUGUGUGGAAGUGGAGUGAUGGUUCCCAGUUUGACUUCACAAACUGGGGUAAUGGAGAACCUGACAACUAUGGAGAAGGAGAAGAUUGUAUGGAGAUAAACCGUGAAGGAGAUUAUGUCAACGACCAAAGAUGUAACUCACAGAGAGGGUUUGUUUGUGUCAGAGGUCCAUAACUGCUCCUUCGUGUCCUGACACGUCUGACAUGAUGAUGUCACAGCCUCACUGCUGAUGUCACUUCCAGCAGGAUGUCAAGCCUCGAUGACAUCACUGCUGGAUUCUGUUGAUAAAUAUGAUUUCAUAUCACAAUAAACAGGAAAAUAAAUUCAAUAAAAUUUAAAGGAACUGAAAUGUUGACCUGAAAGUGAGUCAUUCAUGCUUCAAAUCAUCAUCUGAUCAUUUUAAUAAACCUCAAAAUGCUUUCUGUCUCCCUGCAGCUGUGAUGGAAA